AUGUUGUCGGCAUUCCGCGCGCAGCCCAUCUAUGAGCUCAAGCAACAAGACAAGUCCAAGAUCGAGUCGGUCCUAGCAUAUGGCGAUAGACUCCUUGUAGGUCUCAACACAGGCACACUCCGUAUAUACCGUGUCAACGAAAUCACCGAACCACCCCAGGAUGCGACACGAUCAAACUCUCGCGCCGUCGACCUGGUGCGCGAGGAAGAGAAAUUCUCUAGAAGGGCGAUACAGCAGCUGGCCAUAAUCAAGGAAGCUAACAUGCUCGUCUCCCUCUCCGACGGCUAUGUCUCGAUACACGACCUCCAAACCUUCCAACUGCAGGAGAAACUGGACAAAACAAAGGGCGCAACCGCUUUCGCCGUCACCUCCAACGUCAUAAAAGAUCCCGUCACCGAAAUUCCCACCCUCGUCUCUCGUCUGGCUGUUGCUGUUAAGCGUCGAAUUCUAUCAUGGAGUUGGCAAGAUAUGGAACUGUCCCCUGACGUUCAAGAGGUGACACUACCACAUUCGCCAAAGUCGCUGUUAUGGGCUACUGCUACCAAGAUGCUUGUUGGUCUGGAUCCCGGCUUCUCAAUAGUUGAUAUCGACACUCUGACCAUCACCGAUGUAAUCAGACAAACCCCCACCGGCAAUGUCAGAUUUGGCGCCGUCACUUCUUCAGGCAUGGGCUAUAUGGGCAUGGGAAGCUGGGUCCCCAAACCCAUGGCGACCAACCUCACAAACAACAAGAUGCUUAUAGCAAAAGAUGUCAACACACUGUUCAUCGACACGGACGCAAAACCUGCCGAUAAACGCCAAAUCCCCUGGGCCUUUGCUCCCGAGGCCAUUGGUUACUCAUACCCCUACCUACUAUCGCUGCAGCAGACUACUAAGGGCGCUCUGGACGUCAGGAGUCCCGACACCCUCAAUCUCCUCCAAACCAUUUCUCUCCCCGGUGCCUCGAUGCUCCAUGUUCCCCAACCCAACAUUAGCUUGGCACAUGCCGGUAAAGGCUUCCUGGUCGCCAGUGACAGAUGUAUCUGGCGUAUGGUUGCUCUCAACUAUGAAGCCCAGGUCCAACAGCUUGUCGAAAAGACAAAAUUCGAUGAAGCCAUCAGUCUAUUGAACAUGCUGGAAGAUACAUUGCUGAAGGACAAACAAGGUUCAAUCAGAGAAAUCAGUAUGCUCAAAGCUCAGACUUUGUUUUCCCAGCAAAAGUACAGACCAGCCUUAGACCUUCUGACCGAUGUUUCUGCACCACCGAAGCGUGUCGUCUCGUUAUAUCCCAAAUCUAUCGCCGGAGACCUCUCAACUGUUGAAGACCCACCGGAGCUCACUGACUCAGAAGAACCUUCUGGUGAGACGAGUGCUGCAGAGGAAAAUUCGUCGCAGCCCGAAGAACAAGUCAAGACCACCCAGACUCCUUCCAAAUCUGUGCUGGGCAAGUUCAGACCAUCUGCAGCCAAAGACGACUCUGAUACAGCAUCGAUUCGGUCUUUCCGUACUACUAGCGAAGCACCUCGAGAGAAGCCUGCGAAAGAUGCACCCUUGACAGGCUCUGACUUGAAGGCUGCCGUUAUGGCUCUCUGCUCCUACCUAGCUCAAUCACGAGUACAAGUCCAGAAGUACAUGAACACAGAUGGUACUCUGAGAACAGAGAUGUUUGCGGGCUCUACACCACCAUUUAGCAACCUCGUUGAGCUGCCUGAAGGGGCUGAAAAUGUUGACUGGCAAGCUGAGCUGUUAGAAGUUGCCAAACUGGUCGACACAACUCUUUUCCGUGCUUACAUGCUCGCACUGCCAUCACUAGCUGGACCACUCUUCCGUCUUGACAACUUCUGUGAUCCGCAUGUUGUUGAAGAGAAGUUGUACGAGAGCGGAAGGUACAACGAUUUGAUUGACUUCCUCUAUGGCAAGAAGUUACAUCGUGAAGCUUUGGAACUCUUGGAAAAGUUUGGUCGCAAUGAAGCAGCAGAAGAAGUCAUGCCUGCAUUGAGAGGUCCUGACAGAACGAUUGCCUACCUGCAGAACCUUCCAGCUGAGCUCAUUGACAUCAUUUUAGAAUUCGCAGAGUGGCCUAUCAAGGUCAAUGCGGAAAAGGGUAUGGAGAUUUUUGUGGCGGAUACCAGAAACGCGGAGAGUCUGCCUAAGGACAAGGUACUGAAGUUCUUGGUCCCACUGGACAAGUCUCUUGCAGUGCAGUAUUUGGAACACGUCAUCCUAGAGCUGAAUGACAAGACGCCAGAGUUCCAUCAGAAGCUUGUCGACCUCUAUCUGGAAAAGUUGCGGGACAAUAAGGGCAGUAGCGAUGAAGAGCGAAACAACGCUCGAUCCAAGUUGGAAGAAUUUCUGCGGAACAGCACGCAAUACCACAAGCUCAAGACUUUCAACCAGCUACCUGCCGAUGAUCCUGAUGUGUACGAAGCCCGCGCAAUCGUCCUCUGCGCAAUGGGAAACCACAAACAAGCUCUUCAGAUCUACGUCUUCCAGAUUUGCGACCACGAGAAAGCAGAAGAAUACUGCAACAAAAUCUACCUCUCGGCAUCGACCACUUCCUCAGCGCCUGUCGGCUCGAACCCCAACACUGGCAGCCAAACCUACGAAAAGAGCAGUAUGGCCAGCGACCCUGAAGACCAGCAACCAAACGUCUACACCACGUUACUUUCACUAUACCUCAAACCGCCGAGUCCACACAAAGUGCAAUGGGAACCUGCAUUGCAGUUGCUGUCCAAACACGGCCCGAGACUUCCUGCUGCCAACACCCUAGACUUGAUGCCCAGCGACCUACAAGUGAGCGAACUAUCCUCCUACUUCCUUGGCCGCAUCCGCAGCGCCAAUACCGUCGUACGUGAGGAACGUAUCAUCGCUUCCCUUCAGUCCGUCAUGAAAAUCAGUCUCUCUUCUGAGCUCGCCUUUGGACCUGAGCACAUGCAACAGAAAGGUGGAAGGAGUAGAAGAGUCGUCAUCAGAGAGGAAGACCAUUGCAGAGUUUGCCACAAGAGAUUCGGCAACUCGGCCGUGAGGGUCUAUCCAGAUAAUGAGGUUAUCCACUACGGAUGUGUAGGAAGAAGUGGAGUGCAAAGGAUGAAGACGGGUCAAGGACAAGGCCUACAAGCUUUGAGACAGUUACCUUGGGGUUAG